GAAGCAGCGUCUUGUGCCAGAGGGGUAUAUAAUCCCACCCAAGGGCUUCCUCCCCAUGUCACUCUCUCCUUCUGACCAGGACAGGCACCAAGCUCAACCGAGGACAUGGCACCAGCAAAGAGAGCGAAGAGAAAGGCAGCAGAAGGAGGGUCCUCCAAUGUCCUCUCCAUGUUCGACCAAACACAAAUCCAAGAGUUCAAAGAGGCAUUCACAGUGAUUGAUCAGAACAGAGAUGGCAUCAUUGAUAAGGAAGACCUGAGAGACACAUUCGCAGCAAUGGGCCGUCUUAAUGUAAAGAAUGAGGAGUUGGAAGAAAUGGUUAAAGAGGCCUCUGGACCCAUUAACUUCACUGUCUUCCUCACCAUGUUCGGAGAGAAGCUCAAGGGUGCUGAUCCCGAGGAUGUCAUCACUGGGGCAUUUAAGGUGCUGGAUCCUGAAGGAAAGGGGUCAAUCAAGAAGCAAUUCCUUGAAGAGCUUCUUACCACACAGUGUGACAGAUUCAGUGCAGAGGAGAUUAAGAACAUGUGGACAGCUUUCCCUCCUGAUGUCGCUGGCAACGUUGAUUACAAGAACAUCUGCUAUGUGAUCACCCACGGAGAGGACAAAGACCAGGAAUAAAUGGGGUGCUAUCGUACCCCUGGGGGGCAGUGCACCCCCAUCUUGCUGUAUAUUGCGUCUUAUUUUGUAAAUUCAUCCCAUCAAAGACACAACUGUAAUUUAUUUCUCCUGGGGGGACCUGAAAGGGAGAAGACUAUUUGUUGACCCUGAUCCUCUCUCUGUGUCAUCCCUACACCCCAACACUUUGCUCUUGGCGUCUUAAACCGGAAUAAGGAUUCCGCACUGGAAGAAGUUCAAUAAAAUUAUAAACUUUUUAUUCUA